AUGUCCAAUUUCAGCAGUGACUUUUUUCUAUCUUCUGCCCUCGCCCCUUCCAACCAUGGCAGUAUCCCCAUCAGGACACUCCUUGGCAAGAGAAGCCCCUCACCCCAAGCCAUGGGUGCUGCGGGAGAGGGCAUUCUUCACAAGAGACUGGCCACAGCCAACGACUUGACUGCUCGCGCUUCCUUGGCAACUGCCAACGUUGAUUGGUUUGCUGACUCUGUGGUCGUCUAUCAGCGCCGCAGAGCUGCUGAGUUGAAUGCACUGGCCAGUCUCCAAGCUGCCAAUACCGCUCGAGUGUUGCCCACCACUACUCACUCUGCUCUCCUGAACAGCACCGCUAUCCCUGGAAGGGCAACUCUUUCUCCUCGAGCCCGCGGAGUUGCCAUGCUUCUUCAAGCAAGGCGGGAGGCUCCUUCUGCCAGCACGGCGGCUUUGUUGAACUUGUUCCCUUCUGCGUCCGCUGCCCCAGCCCCCACUCCUCAUAUGAAUAGUCUGGUCGCUCAAGCUAACCUCCGCAGGAUGUCUGCCCAAAUGACCGCAACAGCAAGCCCUGGAAUGGUCGCUCUUGGAGAUGCUCCUGACCCGGUUGGGUUAUCUCUCCCUCAGACUGCCAGGGCCAGUCCGAAUCCUCUUGACGAAGAAGUGGCACGCAGCAAGCUCCCUUGCAUGCCCUUGGCCAGUGAAGAAGACCACAAUUGGUUGUCCGAGUUUCACACCUUUGUCCGCAACGAAAUCGUGGAGGUGUGCUUUGCCACCGCCGAUGAUGUCGCAGCCCGCAACAUCAGUCAACAGGUGUUCCUGAACCAAGUCGGAAUUCGUUGCAAGUGCUGUGCUGACAUGAACCCCGCCGAGAAGGCUCCACGUGCCAUGGCUUUUCCCUCCUCGAUUGCUCAGAUCUAUCAGAGCUUCACCAUGAUGCUCAGGGAGCACUUCACACGUUGUUCGGGCAUGCCAGAGGACAUCAAGGAGAAAAUCGUGGCCCUCAAGCAAGGAAAGACCGCUCAAGGUGCGACCAACUCGAAAGAGUUCUGGGAGCAUUCCGCCAAAGGCCUCGGUAUGCGAGAUACCGAAAAGGGCAUUAUCAUGACCGAGCGAACUCGAGCGGCUGCCAAGUCACUCCUUCCAUAUGGAGCUGAUGCUGCUCAACAGCAACUCCAGAAGGACGAGCCCAUUCAAGUGAUCUUUGACGACGAAAAGGAAAUGGCACAAUCGGACUACAAUUUCACGCUCCUCCGCCAAGUCCAACGCGUUCACCUUCACGCCGAUGAAUGCCGUGGCAAUCGCAAGACACUUCAGGUGGGAUUGCCCGGCUUGGCCUGCAAACACUGCAGCCUUGUCGGUCGCAUGGGACAGAGCCGCGUAUUUCCCGUCAAAAAGCGCACCCUCUCCACCAAACUGGAAGACAUGUACCAGCAUUUGAUGCGCUGCACAGUCUGCCCCUCCGAAACCAAGGAAUUGUUGAAAAUUCAAAGGCCCACGAAGAUUGAUUUCAGUAAAGAGAGAAAGCUCUAUAGCUUGGUGUGGACACGAGUCAAGAAGAACCCCGAUGCUGGACGCCCCAGGGCGUCGGCCCGUCCAGCUGCUGUCACCAGCGCGUAA